CAAGCGGCUGGAGGUGUUGUCAGGAGAUCUUCUGCCUAAGCCCACCAAGGGCCGGAUGCGGAUCCACUGCCUGGAGAACGUGGACAAGGCGUUGCAGUUCCUGAAGGAGCAGCGGGUGCACCUGGAGAACAUGGGCUCCCACGACAUCGUGGAUGGCAACCACCGCCUUGUCCUCGGCCUCAUCUGGACCAUCAUCCUCCGCUUCCAGAUCCAGGACAUCAUCGUGCAGACGCAGGAGGGCCGGGAGACGCGCUCCGCCAGGGAUGCACUGCUGCUUUGGUGCCAGAUGAAGACAGCGGGGUACCCCCACGUGAAUGUCACCAACUUCACCUCGAGCUGGAAGGACGGGCUGGCCUUCAACGCCCUCAUCCACAGACACAGGCCCGAGCUGGUUGACUUCCAAAACCUGACCAAAUCCAACGCCCGGCACAACCUGGAGCAUGCGUUCAGCGUGGCGGAGCGACACCUUGGCAUCACCCCGCUCCUCGACCCCGAAGAUGUGUUCACGGAGAACCCCGAUGAGAAGUCCAUCAUCACCUACGUGGUGGCCUUCUACCACUACUUCUCCAAGAUGAAGGUGCUGGAGGUGGAGGGCAGGCGUCUGGGCAAGGUCAUCGAGCACGCCAAGGAGACGGAACGGAUGAUCGAGGGCUACGGGGGGCUGGCCUCCGACCUGCUCACCUGGAUCGAGCAGACCAUCGCCUCCCUCAACAGCCGCAGCUUUGCCAACUCGCUGGCCGGGGUGCAGCACCAGCUGCAAGCCUUCAGCACCUACCGCACUGUGGAGAAGCCCCCCAAGUUUCAGGAGAAGGGCAACCUGGAGGUGCUGCUCUUCACCAUCCAGUCGCCUGUCUACCCCCCGCACGAGGGGCGGCUGGUCUCCGACAUCAACCGGGCCUGGGAGCAGCUGGAGAAAGCAGAGCAGGAGCAGGAGCUGGCGCUGCGCACCGAGCUCAUCCGGCAGGAGAAGCUGGAGCAGCUGGCACGGCGCUUCGACCGCAAGGCGGCCAUGAGGGAGGCCUGGCUGAGCGAGAACCAGCGCCCGGUGGCCCAGGACAACUUUGGCCAGGACCUGCCGGCGGUGGAGGCGGCCAAGAAGAAGCACGAGGCCAUCGAGACGGAUACGGCCGCCUACAAAGAGCGGGUGCAGGCCAUCGAGGCGGUGGCGAAGGAGCUGGAGCUGGAGGGCUACCACGACAUCCAACGCAUCAACGGGCGCAAGGACAACAUCCUGCGGCUCUGGGAGCAUCUCCUGGAGCUGCUGGCCGCCCGGCGCCAGCGCCUGGAGAUGAACCUCGUCCUGCAGCACCUCUUCCAGGAGAUGCUCCAUAGCAUUGACUGGAUGGACGAGGUUAAGGCCGGUGAGGCCCAGCAGUACUACCUGGACGCCGGCGAGGCUGAGGCUUGGGUCAGCGAGCAGGAGCUCUUCAUGGGAGCCGAGGAGAAGCCGAAGGACGAGGAAAGUGGCUUGGUGAUGCUGAAGAGACACGUCCGGCAGCAGCGGUCCAUCGAGGACUAUGGCCAAACCAUCAAGGAGCUGGCGGGGAGGGCUCAGCAGCUGCUCUCUGCCGGCCACCCUGAGGG